GUCAGGAGCGGGGCGGGACCCGCUGGCCCCGUAUAAGAGCAGGACAUCCACGUUUCUCUACUGUAUUUGCGCGCUCCAGCUCCGCCUGCGUCCCGAGGCCCCCGGCAGACAGAGGAGAACGGGACCGAAGAGGAGCAAGUCACCAUCUGCCGAGCCUUAACACGAUUAAGGUUAUGAAACGAUGGAUGAGUGACAAAUAAGAAAUAUUGACUUUACUAUUCUCAGGACCAGAGCGUCUCAUCGCCAGUUGAUUCUUUCUUUUUUUUUUCUUCCUCACACAUUUUUUUUGGCUCGAGAUAUUUUCGCUCUCUUUUCUUGGCAAUCCAAGUUUGGAUUUUCCCCCGAAAACAUCUUACUCUCCGAAGGAAUUUAUAUUUAUUUUUGUUUUCCUUUUCCUUUUUUUUUCUCAAACCCCCCCCCCCCCCCCCAAAAAAAAUAUUCCGGUUAUAGAUAAAUUUUCAUCAUCCAGAGAUUUGUGUUGGGGAUGUUGAGCUCUGUGAAGAUGGAAACCCAUGAUCUGCCAGAGUGGAAUACUUUCUACAGCGAGGCCAGUGAGAUGUAUUCCUCUGCCAGCACCAUGAACUCUGGUCUGGGCUCCAUGGGCUCCAUGGGCACCAUCAACAGCUACAUUAACCUGAACCCAGCCACCGGCUCCCCUGCAGGCAUGAACAUGGCGUACCCCAGCUCCAGCCUCAGCAGUUCCCCACUGACCUCCAUGGGAUCCGGGCCCGGCCACAUGUCCCUCUCCCCGGUGGCCUCGUCCCUCAGCUCGAGCUCUCUGACUCAGCUGGGACCCACUGCUUCCAGCUCCCUGGGCGCCCUGUCCCAUUAUCAGAACAUGGGUCAGUCAAUGAGCCAACUGGGAUACCCCUCGACUGGGAGCCUGAGUCGGGCCGGGCCCAAGGAGAUUCCCCCAAAGCCUUAUCGACGCUCCCUGACCCACGCCAAGCCACCAUACUCCUACAUCUCCCUCAUCACCAUGGCGAUCCAGCAGAGUGGCAGCAAGAUGCUCACCUUGAACGAGAUCUACCAGUGGAUCAUGGACCUGUUCCCCUACUACCGUGAGAACCAGCAGCGCUGGCAAAACUCCAUCCGCCACUCGCUCUCCUUCAACGACUGCUUUGUGAAGGUGGCUCGCUCGCCAGACAAGCCGGGCAAAGGUUCGUACUGGACUCUGCACCCGCAGUCGGGCAACAUGUUUGAGAAUGGCUGCUACCUGAGGCGCCAGAAGCGCUUCAAGAUUGAGGAAAAGUUGGCAAAGAAAGGAGGCAAGAGCCAGGAGGCGGGCUCGGGGAAAGGGGGCCACGGUGGAGAUCACCUGGUGGAGGACCACAGCCCCACAGGAGGAUCAGAGUGCGCUGACUCUGUCCACUCAGACAACUCCCAUCCGGGCUCUUCAGAUGACCAGCCGCAUUCAAGAAACUCCCUGCUUCCCCUCGACUGCCCUACGCUGUCCUCCUCACACCUCCACAGCCCACCUGUCUCCCUGCCGCCCUCCUCCUCCAUCCCUCCAUCCUCCAUGUCCCUCUCCGCCACCUCCUCCUCUUCCUCCUCCAACCCGCUCCUCCACUCCCAGUCCUUGGCGAUGGGCACCCACCUCCUGCCCAGCGCCAUGCAGCAGCACAUGGAUCUGCAGAGUGACGCCCUCAAGUCCCUGGACCCCCACUACAACUUCAACCACCCCUUCUCCAUCACCAACCUCAUGUCCAACGAGCAGAAGAUGGACCUCAAGUCCUACCAGGACCAGGUGAUGGCCUACAACAGCUACACAGGUGGCUCUCCUGUGGGGGCCAAGCAGAUCUACGAUAGCACCGGGCCGGCUGCCAUGGACUCAGGUGCUUAUUACCAAACUCUGUACAGUCGCUCAGUGCUCAAUGCCUCCUAAUAAGGACACCCACCCACCAAUACACCCACGCACGCACCCACCCACACACCCACACACACACACACACACACACACACACACACACACAUGUGUCCGACAUGGUGAGACAAGAUGGAGACUUCCAUUUUCCAAAAUGGACACCCAAGCUCUCUUUAUCUCCCUCUCUCUUUCUCUCUCCCUCUCUGACUCACGUCCAGUAGCCUUGAAAGAGACUCGCAUCUAAAAUGGCUGCCAUGUUUGAGGGACCAAAGAACUUUUUUUUCCCCUCUUACCAGCUCUGACGAUAUUGGGAACUGGAUUGGUUACACGGAGGACAGAAAUUGAAGCUGGAUGCCAAGAAGUCUGAAAUGAUAAUGGAGACGUUUGACUCAUCCGCGUGUUGAGUAAAUACUGAUGUCAGAUCCCGUCGUUGCCCGUCUCAGGAGCACUGUGUGUGUGGCAAAAUUGGCUUUGUACAAAAUGUAAAUAGAGCUAAUGUGGGGGGAAAAGGAUAUUUGCAUUUAUUUAUGAAGGGAAUAAAUUUUAAUAUAUCUUGUAUUGUGCUCUGUCAACCAGUUACAACUCAAAUGUGAGGUUUUUAUUUUGAACCAAAGACGGACAGGGGGGGUUGGGGCGG